AUGUCUGAAAAUUGUAUUCCGAAGGUUCAACUGGACGUCAACAUGUCGGGAUUGCGACAAACACCGUUGACAUGCAGUGGCCACACGCGCCCAGUGGUCCAGUUGGCCUUCAGUGAUAUAACUCCAUUUGGAUACUUUCUUAUAAGUGCAUGCAAAGAUGGGAACCCGAUGCUGAGACAGGGUGAUACAGGGGACUGGAUCGGGACAUUUAAAGGCCACAAAGGAGCGGUGUGGGGCGCCACAAUAAAUAAAGAUGCCACUCGAGCCGCCACCGGAGCUGCAGACUUCUCAGCAAAAAUCUGGGACUCGUUGAGUGGGGAGGAGCUACAUUCCUUCGCUCACAAGCACAUCGUUAAGUCGGUUGACUUUGAUGAGGAUGACACCCAGCUGCUGACUGGAAGCAACGAGAAGCUGUUACGGAUAUUUGAUCUCAACCAACCAGAAUCUGAUGCCAAAGCCACAUUUAGUGGCCAUGAACACAACAUAAGGGCAGCCAUAUUUGCCAAGUUUGGCAAACAGAUUAUAAGUGCAUCAGAUGAUAAAACUGUCAGGGUAUGGGACACAGUCAGUGGACAGGAGGUGAAGAAACUAGAAUUUCCGGGAAUUCCCAGCAGUUUAGAACUCUCCAGUGAUGGGCGAAUUCUGGUCAUCACCCACGGCAAUUGUACAAGCUUCUGGAAUGCUGACAGGUAUGAGAAAAUUAAGGAUUAUAUUGCCCCAACUCAGGUGAACUCCGCAUCUCUCCACAAGGAUAAGAAGGUGUUUGUAUGUGGGGGAGAAGACUUCAAGAUGUACAAGUUUGAUUACGAGACAGGAGAGGAACUAGAGUCCUUUAAGGGACAUUUCGGCCCUGUACACUGUGUGCGUUUCUCUCCAGACGGUGAGUUGUAUGCCAGCGGUAGUGAAGACGGCACGCUCCGACUUUGGCAAACCACUGUAGGAAAAACCUACGGAUUGUGGAAAUGUGUCAUGCCAGACGAAUGUGUCAACAAUAAUGACACAACUCCAGUGAAACCAGAAUCCUAAUGGACAAUGCUUGAUAGGUUUUGGUUGAAAUGAAAGUACAAGUAAGGCCAGCUGAUUGAAAUAGGUCUUGGAGCCUUGACCAAUGAUGUUCAGCCAAUCAAACAGCUGUUUCCUCUUUCAACGCGCCAACUUUUCUCAGUGUUGUAUUACGACACAGCAUGUUUUUUCCUUUGAGACACUCUUUGACAAACGUCAAUUGUCAUUUAAUAAAUUCAGUCAUUGAAGUUUCCAUGUAAAGAAGAAAAAAAUAUAAAGGAAAACAAGGUUAAUAGGUUUUAUUCCUAUUGCUGUUAUGUAUUAUGAGGUUUAAUUUAUAAUUUACACAAUUUCUCUUCAUUUUAAAAGCAGGUUUAAAGGUUUUGUAAAAUUUUAGUUGCAGAGGAAAAGAGCUGUAAUGUUGGACAUAAAAGCUGAAAGAUAAAAUUUGACAGUUGUUUGGAAAGCCAGUAUAAAUUUUUUUGUUUACAUUAAAUUCCAAUUGCUGUCUAUACAGAAGUGGAUGUUAUAUGUAUAAAUUCAUAUCUCUGUUGAUUUUGACAAAAUUUGUAAAAGAAUGCAUUAAAUUUUAAAAAUUAUUUAUUUAUGAAUGGUUUUUGGUGCUAUUGCAAUAAAACGAGUUCAAAUUUCA